AACACAGCUACAACUUCCCAACACAGUGCGGUUUACUUCAUUACCAUUUUGUUGUUCUGACUCGGUCGCAUUAUGUGAGUGUUAUUCUCUCUCCUACAGUGUUGUUCCUAAUCCUAUAAAUAUCCUUUGCUUCUUCCAAACACAUCCUUUCUAUCCAUUCUUCACACUCUGUAUUCACCUUCACAACUUCUCUUCUCUGAAUCUGCAUCUUCUUUCUCUCAUCUACCAACAUUUUGACAAUAGAUUGGGAUGCUAUUUUGAAUCUGGUUCAUCCACUCCUUAAUACAUCCAAUAUGGACUUGAAGAAAAUGGAAGUUACAGGUGGCUAAAUCUUGGCAACUUCUAUGGCCUUCUCUGAUAUCUGGGAAAUGUGUGAGGGAGGAAACAACUUUGGCAGUUUAAGAAAUAAGUGGCAGAAAACAAGUAAGAAGAAUUACUGUAGGAGCAGAGCUACUGUUAUGGAAUUUGAAUCAGACUGGACAAAGCACAGAAAAUCAUCUGCUUAUACUGCUCAAGUGAUUCGUCCUGCAACAUCUUUUAUGCCUUGGUCUUGUAGAAUCCCAAUCGGUGAAGGAUUUUAUGAAUUUCUUUAGUUAUUAUUUGAUUCUCAGUAAGACAUUUGCAUAUUAUUUGGUGGAUUGAUCAUGACGAAAGUUCUCUAUAUCCUUGUGAUAUAUGUUGUGUAAUUGCUGGUUUAAAAAAUGCCUGGUUUUGCUGUUGGAAAGAAGAGAUUUACAGAGUCGAAUAUGUGUUUCACUGAUUUGAUCAAUCGAGAUAAAUCAACUCUGUCUCAAAGCAAUCAUUGUUUAACCCCUGAGGCACUGAAUAAAGUUGAUAGCCCCAUUGUACCUGGGCUGCCUGAUGAUGUGGCAAAGUAUUGUCUUGCACUUGUGCCUCGUUCCAACUUCCCAGCUAUGGGGGGUGUCUGUAAGAGAUGGAGAUCGUUUAUUCAAAGCAAAGAAUUUGCUACUGUGCGAAAAUUGGCUGGGAUGCUUGAAGAAUGGCUCUAUUUCUUAACAAUGGACAGUGAAGGAAAGGAAAGUCAUUGGGAGGUUGUUGAUUUUCUCGGUCAUAAAUGCCGAUCUCUACCACCAAUGCCUGGUCCAGCAAAGGCUGGAUUCGGAGUAGUGGUUCUUAAUGGAAAGUUUCUUGUUAUGGCCGGUUAUUCAACUAUUGAAGGAACUACCUUUGCCUCAGCAGAUGUUUACCAAUAUGAUUCUUGCCUCAACAGUUGGAGCAGAUUGUGUGACAUGAAUGUGGCUCGUUAUGACUUUGCUUGUGCUGAAGUCAAUGGAUUGGUUUAUGCUGUUGGAGGCUAUGGAGUGAAUGGUGACAGUCUCUCCAGUGCUGAGGUAUAUGAUCCAGAUACUGACAAGUGGACACUGAUAGAAAGCCUUCGCCGCCCAAGAUGGGGUUGUUUCGCUUGUGGAUUUGAGGGUAAGCUCUAUGUGAUGGGUGGAAGGUCAAACUUUACUAUUGGAAAUUCCAAGUUUGUGGACAUAUAUAACCCCGAGAGGCACAGCUGGUGUGAGAUUAAGAAGGGCUGUGUUAUGGUCACAGCUCAUGCAGUAUUAGGAAAUAAGUUGUUUUGCAUAGAGUGGAAGAAUCAGCGGAAGCUUUCAAUAUUCAGUCCUGAGGACAAUUCAUGGGAAAUGGUACCAGUCCCAUUGACAGGGAGCUCAAGUAUUGGUUUUCGAUUUGGGAUACUGGAUGGAAAGCUUUUGCUUUUCCCACUGGAGGCAGAACCUGCUUAUCAAACAUUGUUAUAUGAUCCAAAUGCUGCUCUUGGGUCAGAGUGGCAGACUUCUGAUAUAAGGCCAUCUGGUUUGUGCUUGUGCACUGUAACAAUCAAGGCAUGAAUGAAUCCUUGUCUUGUUCUCAACUCGUGGCUGGUGUAGAGCUUCUGAUGUAUGGAAUUUUCUGCAUUUUACUGGAAUUAAGAACAGCAGGGAGGUUGAGUGUCCCUCACAUUAUAUUAUGAUUCGAUUUUAAUUCUGUGUAUUUUGCUUGUGACUUUUAAGUUAUUUGCUACCUAGUGUUAUCAUGUUGUCAUGCGUUCCCUUUUGUGUCUCUGGCCGAUGACUCUAUGAGGGAUUAGUUCCCCUUUGUCUUGUAAUUAUUGACUUUGAGCAGCACUAUUUCAAACUGUGGUAGGUGAGUUAUAUUGUUUGCUGUUCUACUUUCGACUCUUGGUGUUAUAAAGCGACAGCAUUAGAGUUUUCAAAUCAUCUAGAGGCAGGUGCACGUGGUAGGCCGUCAUACUUUAUGGUUGAAAAUAAAAAAGUAUACUUGGGAGAUAUCAUGUUUAGCACACCAUUAAAAAUGCAUAUGAAUGGCUAAAAAAAUUAAUGCCAAUAGGGGAGAUAUCGAGUAUGAUGAUCUGUUUGCAAUAUUGGAGAGAUAAAAAUAAUGGAAUUGGAUAGAAAAGAAAAUAAAGGAAGAUCCGAGUCUCGAUGAAGAAGAGAUGAAAGUUUGUCUUAUUUGUUCGAUUUUAUCCAAGAAAAAUGGAUAUGUGUGCAAAUAAAUAUUAAAUUAUUUUAUUAUUUUAAUAUAAUAAAAUUAAUUAAUGUAAGAGGAACCAAAUAGAAAAAUGAAUAAUGGAACUCGCAAAAUUACGCUCUUUCUUUUUUUUUAUCUAAGGGGU